GGGGCUGGCCGGGCCGGAGCCGCUACGGGGGGGGGGGGGUGCUGAGGCACUGCGGAAAGUGGGCCUGAGCCUCAAGGAUGACGGUGCUGCAGGAACCCGUCCAGGCUGCUAUAUGGCAAGCACUAAACCACUAUGCUUACCGAGAUGCAGUUUUCCUCGCAGAAAGACUGUAUGCAGAAGUACACUCAGAAGAAGCUUUGUUUUUACUGGCAACCUGUUAUUACCGCUCAGGAAAGGCAUAUAAAGCAUAUAGACUCUUGAAAGGACACAGUUGUACUACACCGCAAUGUAAAUACCUGCUGGCAAAGUGUUGUGUUGAUCUCAGCAAGCUUGCAGAAGGGGAACAGAUCUUAUCUGGUGGAGUAUUAAAUAAGCAGAAAAGCCAUGAUGAUAUUGUAACUGAGUUUGGUGAUUCAGCUUGCUUUACUCUUUCAUUGUUGGGACAUGUAUAUUGCAAGACAGAUCGGCUUGCCAAAGGAUCAGAAUGUUACCAAAAGAGCCUUAGUUUAAAUCCUUUCCUCUGGUCACCCUUUGAAUCAUUAUGUGAAAUAGGUGAAAAGCCAGAUCCUGACCAAACAUUUAAAUUAACAUCUUUACAGAACUUUAGCAACUGUCUGCCCAACUCAUGUACAACACUAGUAUCUAAUCAUAGUUUAUCUCACAGACAGCCUGAGACAGUUCUUACAGAAACACCCCAAGACACAAUUGAAUUAAACAGACUAAAUUUAGAAUCUUCCAAUUCAAAGUACUCCUUGAAUACAGAUUCUUCAGUGUCUUAUAUUGAUUCAGCUGUAAUUUCACCAGACACCCUCCCUCUUGGAACAGGAACUUCCAUAUUAUCAAAACAGGUUCAAAAUAAACCAAAAACUGGUCGAAGUUUAUUAGGAGGGCCAGCUGCUCUUAGCCCAUUAACCCCAAGUUUUGGGAUUUUGCCAUUAGAAACCCCAAGUCCUGGAGAUGGAUCCUAUUUACAAAACUACACUAAUACACCUUCUGUAAUUGACGUGCCAUCCACCGGAGCCCCUUCAAAGAAGCCUGUUGCCAGAAUCGGCCAAACUGGAACAAAGUCUGUCUUCUCACAGAGUGGAAAUAGUCGAGAGGUAACUCCAAUUCUUGUUGCACAAACACAAAGUUCUGGCCCACAAACAAGUACAACACCUCAGGUAUUGAGCCCCACUAUCACAUCUCCCCCAAAUGCACUGCCUCGAAGAAGUUCACGACUUUUCACUAGUGACAGCUCCACAACCAAGGAGAAUAGUAAAAAGUUAAAAAUGAAGUUUCCACCUAAAAUCCCAAACAGAAAAACAAAAAGUAAAACUAAUAAAGGAGGAAUAACCCAACCUAACAUAAAUGAUAGCCUGGAAAUUACAAAAUUGGACUCUUCCAUAAUUUCAGAAGGGAAAAUAUCUACAAUCACACCUCAGAUCCAGGCUUUUAAUCUACAGAAAGCAGCAGCAGAAGGUUUGAUGAGCCUCCUGCGUGAAAUGGGGAAAGGUUACUUAGCUUUGUGUUCAUACAACUGCAAAGAAGCUAUAAAUAUAUUGAGCCACCUACCUUCUCACCACUACAAUACUGGUUGGGUACUGUGCCAAAUUGGAAGGGCCUAUUUUGAACUUUCAGAGUACAUGCAAGCUGAAAGAAUAUUCUCAGAAGUUAGAAGGAUUGAGAAUUAUAGAGUUGAAGGCAUGGAAAUCUAUUCUACAACACUUUGGCAUCUUCAAAAAGAUGUUGCUCUUUCAGUUCUUUCAAAAGACUUAACAGACAUGGACAAAAAUUCACCAGAGGCCUGGUGUGCUGCAGGGAACUGUUUCAGUUUACAACGGGAGCAUGAUAUUGCAAUUAAGUUCUUUCAGAGAGCUAUCCAAGUUGAUCCAAAUUAUGCUUAUGCCUAUACUCUAUUAGGGCAUGAGUUCGUGUUAACUGAAGAAUUAGACAAAGCAUUAGCUUGUUUUCGAAAUGCUAUCAGAGUCAAUCCUAGGCAUUAUAAUGCAUGGUAUGGCUUAGGAAUGAUUUAUUAUAAACAGGAAAAAUUCAGCCUUGCAGAAAUGCAUUUCCAGAAAGCACUUGAUAUCAACCCUCAAAGUUCAGUCUUACUUUGCCACAUUGGAGUAGUUCAGCAUGCAUUAAAAAAAUCUGAGAAGGCUUUGGAUACCUUAAACAAAGCCAUUGUUAUUGAUCCCAAGAACCCUCUAUGCAAAUUUCACAGAGCCUCAGUUUUAUUUGCAAAUGAAAAAUAUAAGUCUGCUUUACAAGAACUUGAAGAAUUGAAGCAAAUUGUUCCCAAAGAAUCCCUCGUUUACUUCUUAAUAGGAAAGGUUUACAAGAAGUUAGGUCAAACGCACCUCGCCCUGAUGAAUUUCUCUUGGGCUAUGGAUUUAGAUCCUAAAGGAGCCAAUAACCAGAUUAAAGAAGCAAUUGAUAAGCGUUACCUUCCAGAUGAUGAGGAGCCAAUAACCCAAGAAGAACAGAUCAUGGGAACAGAUGAAUCCCAGGAAAGCAGCAUGACAGAUGCGGAUGACACACAACUUCAUGCAGCUGAAAGUGAUGAAUUUUAACUUCUGGAAAUAAGACUUUUGCAACUGGAUGUGUGACUAGUGCUGACAUGUUUCUUGUCCCUCCAUAUACUGAGUCUUCACUCUUGAGCUGGCAGUGUCAUCAUGCAUCACUUAUACCACGAGUGUGCCACUUUCAUUGGACCCUGACUGUACACAGAAUGAAAGGCAGUGCAAUAUUUAGCUGCUAACAAGACUGGCUCUUUCACCAGUAUGACAAUUUAGGGGGGUAGGGUGAGGGACUUUCUUUUCUUUUUUUCUUUAAUCUACCUUUGUUGGAAAGCUAUCAUGGAAGGAAGAGUUGUGUUUUAUCUUGAAGGAACCAUUAGAUAGGGAAAAUAGUGAUGAACCAGAAUUUUUUAAUCUCUUUUCCAAAAAUUUGUUUUUAUUUGGUUCUGUUCUUGAUAAACAGAGUGACUGACCUUCAUUUCUAGGUUCUUCAAGAAUGGUGUUAGCAAGUGCCAGAUGGAACAAUAAAAGACAUUGCCUAUAACAGAGUAACUUGAUUGCCAAGGAAUGUAAAUUACCUUAAACUUGCAGUGUCUCCUGUAAACAAAUGUCAUGGGCAUAUUGGGACUUGAGUGUAGGAAUAAAUAUCCCUCCAUACAGUAUACACUUAUUCUUGGCAAGAAUGCUUUAAUGUCUAACUAAGAAUUUUAAUUUAUUCAUCCUGCUUCAAAGUGUUGAUCAUUGUUGUCUUGGUAUUGCAAACUUUGUUCCUUAUGAUACUGCCUCAUCUCUUCUGAGCUCUGUGGGAUCACCUUUAACAUUUAGAAAUGAUAGAGUGGCUGCCCACUGAAAAGCCAAAAUAAAGCCCUAAACCAUUUAAGUUCACCAUAAGAAUCAGUAUCAGAACACUAAAGCAGAGAGACUUUAAGAGAUCAUGAUAGUGAAAGCCUUAAUACAAUCAGAAUUGUACCAUAACCUUGAAUCUAUAUUUGUUCAAUGCAGUAUCCCUUUGACUUUUCUAAGUGUAUAAGCAGGGUACACAAAUGUAUGGGUUACCUUUGGCUGAAGUCAUAUCCAUUCUUUUCAGCUCUCUGUUUUUUACUAUUUUCAGUAGCGUGGGUCACUAAAUCUUUACUGAGAGUGAUUGGAUUUAAGAUAUUGAAAACUUUUAGCUAUAAAAAAAAUCUCUUCUUAUGAAGGAGACACAAGUUCUCUCCUGAGUUUAAGUCAUAAUAUAGGGUGGUGUCUUUGGGGAAUGGCCACAGUUCUAAAGAUCUAAUUAUGCAUAAUAAAAUGGGAAUUAUUGAAAUUUGACAGUAACAGAUUUAAACAAUCUUAAAUUGUGUACAUCAUUGUAAUGUGUUGAAAUUUUUAGAGAAACUUUAGUUAACAUUUUAUUAAGUGUCAAUGUCAGAAUAUAACAGAUUAUAGUUUCUUAAUGAAUAACAAGCCUGAAGCUGUUAUUUUGGAUUAUUUGAUAAAGGACAAACUUAUCUACUGGUUACCUAUAUUCGUUAGCCAAGCUGAAAAUAAGGUGGUUCUAGAAGAUAUGAAAACAUUUUUAGCUUGUAUACUCAGAAAUUGUCUAUCAUUUGCUCUUAAUCUUUUCAUUUGAAUAUGGAUUAAAUACCACUAUAAAUUAAUUCAAGUCAGUUUGGGUACCAGAGAGGCUUACAAAAUUUCCUACUUAAAUCUAUGUUUAUGUGCUGCCAAAAAAAAAAAAAAAAACAAACAAAAUUUACAAGGAAAAGGAAAGGUUGGGAGUAAAUGAAUGUCAUAAGAAAUUCCCAAAGGCUAACACUUGGAGUCUAACAAAUAUUCCAUUUUCUUAUCCAUUAUUAGUUCUGUAAUAUUUAAUUUCAGAUUCUUUUAUUUUUUUAAUUGGCAAAAUCAUAAGUCAGUUGCAUAAUUACCAAAUAUAGGGUUUCAUAGGAAGCUUCAACCUGAGCUCUAUGUUACAAAGUCUGGAAAAAGCUAAGCAUCUAACAUAAUUUGCUGAAAUAUAAUUAGAUAUAUUUUUAUAGUAGGAAUUUAUGUCUUACCAGAGAUGAAACUCUUUCUGGUACUGAUUUUGAGGACAAGGGUAAAAGGAUAGUUGUGGGGGACAGACCAUGGCAGUGGCUGGCUGAGGCACACUGUCAGCCCAAUUUUGACCCAGUCUUUUUUUCUCACACCUACUUUCAAAGUAAUUUCAGUGUAGAGAACCUUAUUUCCCACCUAGUAACUCUAGCUAUUUUGUUUCUUUAUUUUGCAUGUGAUGGGGAUCAAACAACCAAGAGAGGAAAUACAUUUUGAUCAAGCAAACUGUUGGCUUCAGAUUUCAGAAGUUACUUUGAAGGAAAUUAAAAACACUGAGUACUUUGACAUCCUUUUUUCUGUCUAAGCUUUUCACACAUAUACAAUAUAUACACACAAUUUUGUUGAGAAGUUUUGUUGUAGCAUUCGAAUUUUUCCCCCUUGGAAAUGGUUCUUAACUCGGGGAUUUUAGAAAGUUGAAAAUAUUUUUUCAAGAGAACAAUGGUACUCAAAAUAAUGAAAGGUGGUCCCUUUUUCUGUAUUUCAUUACUUCAAAAUUUUAAUUUUUUCUAAGACCUGCAAGUAACAUUUGAACCAUGCUGCUGUUGUACCAGAAACAAAAACUCAGUGAUAACCAAUAUUUAGUCUAUUAAAAAUGCUCUUUUUGAAGAAAAAAGUUUGGAAGUCUCUGAUUAGCCAGAGUAUAGUAUGGGUCUUCACUGAGAAAUAUGGUGACCCAUUUUCUUUGUGAAAACCUGGGAAAAUGCAAGUGUGGGUAUGAUGUAUGUGUUUUGUUUGCAUUGAAACAAUGUAAUUUUGUGUCUUUGCUUUUCCUGACAUUUCAGAAAUUGUACAGUCUUGGGGGGAGGGGGAUCUUUUCUGUUAAUAUAUUUGCAAUUCAUUAAAGGAUAAAGAAAAUUCAAAUAAAUUACUUUUGAAAACAAUUUAUAAUCAAGUUGUUAAAGCUAUAUAAAAGCUGUGCCAUCUGUAUUUUUAUAGUAAGGCACAGCAAAAUAGAGAUAAAGGAUUACAGUUUUAUGUUUCAUAAAAGUCUAGGGCAAUGUUUCUCUAGGUUUUUGAUUUAUGCCCUCUCCUAAUAUAUAUAUAUAUGUAUAUAUUUUAAUUCAUACCCUCUUUUAGUAUUAUUUGGAAUUUAAAAAUAAAUAUUGUGACUAAAAACAAUGGCAAUUUUUAGAAUAUAUUCAAACUACAGAAGACACUUGUAAGCAGCUGCAACUUUUAAGUCAACUGCUUAUUCUUUGAUCAUCUGAUUUCCGAGAUUCCUUUAAAAGGUACACAGCUUUUUGUUCCAGUUAAGACCUAUUUUCUAAAAAGUCAAGGUCUGAAAGAGAUAGAAUAUAGAAACUAAAUCCUACUCUAGUUUGAAGAAAAUCUUUUACUUUUGUUGUAUCUUGGAGAAAAUGUAGAGAGCUGAAGGGUUUCAUUCAGACUUGAGAAAGGGUAGUGACAGGGAAAGCACGUGAGAGGAGGGGGAUGAACUGGGCAGAUCAAAGAGAACUAUUCAGACUCAUAACAUUGCCUAGGACCUGCCAUUUACUGUCAGUUGAAUAGAUAAAUAGAAGCUAGACGUGGAGGUAUUCUUUGACUUGUUUAGCUGCUAAUUAAUGGUUCAUGAAGGUUCAAUCGGGGUUUUAUUUUUCUUUGUAAGUGCAACAUUUGUUAGUUAUGUUUAAUAAGACUUGCUAUGUAUAUGGCAUUAUUUUCUUUAUGUACAAUGUUGUCAAGCAUCAAAACAAGCCUCCAAGGUAAGUCUUACUCCAUUUUACAAAAAAGAAAACCAAGGCUCUCCUAGUGAAUGAUAGAGCUGGACACAUUUGGCAUUAGUGUAUGUUCAAACUCAUAGUUUUGGACUUCUCCAAGUUUUAAAUCAUGUCUAAUAUUAAUUGUUAUGCUUCCCCUCUAGAAUUCUGAUUUAGUCUACUAAAGAGUAUCAUAGAAGCCUAGGUUUCACAGAGGAAACUUUAUUAUUUAUAAGGAUUAAAAUCUCAGGUGCAUAGAUAGUUCUUUAGUGGAGCUUUGAUCUGUAUCCUGCCUCUCUACUUUUAUUCUCACACCAAAAUUGGAAGUAUGUUUGUUUUUCUUUGAAUGACUAGAAUUUGCUUUAAAGUAGAAAAUUUUAAAUCCACAAUUUUCUUUUACUUCUUGCACUUUUUAUUACUAAUUUCCCCUAUCAAAGCAUACUUUUUUCUAAUCAACACCAUCAAAAUAGAAUUCAAUUUAGGGCUCAAAGUUGGACUUGAGAAAAAUUCAAGGACUUGAAACUGCAGAAUACUUCACUGGAGUAUGAGUGAGAAAAGAUAAUAGAGUAACAGCGAAAGCUAAAAGCACUAAACUGGUAUCUCAGAAAUGUGGAUUUUUGCUCCUCAGUAGCUGUAUGUCCUUGAACAGUACUCUUAAACCUUUUCCUCAUUAGCACAACUACCCUUCUUACCUCAUAGAGAAAUUUUGUGAGGAUCAAAUGUGUUAAAUGAUCAUGGAUGUGCUUUGUAAAACUAAAGCAGUAUACAAAUAUACUGUGGUAUUUAUUAGUAGAAUGGAGAUGAUGUGCUAGAAAGCUGAUUGGGCUGAUCCCAAGACAUGAUUCCUGUGAGACAAGAUCACUAUAGACUUGCAUUUUGAUCUCUAACAGGGGUAGGCAAACUAUGGCCUAUAGACCAAAUAUUGUCUACAAAAGGCUCAUUGACGAUAAGUAAAGUUUUAUUGGAAUACAGUUUUGAUUGUUUAUGUUUUGUCUAUUGCUACUUUCUCACUACAAUGACAAGAGUUGAGUAGUUGCUGCGAAACAAUAUGACCUGUAAAGCCUAUGUUUACCCUUAAAUAUUUACUGUCUGACAUUUUAUUGAAAAAGUUUGUGACCCCCUCAUCUAGAAGUUAAAGAUUUUUUGGCAUAACAUCUGCAAACCACUAAAAAUAUAGUCUAAGGUGUUAGAUUUUUCUCGGUGCUUCCCUAAGUUAGCGCAUCACUGCGCAAGGUGCUACAUGAGAAGCAAAAUACAGCAAUAGCUUUUAGUUUUUUAAUAAUGGAAAGACUUGAUUGGGUAAAGGGAUUUUCUUAAAUAUAAUGCCACUCCUCAAACAUUGCCAGUUUAUAAUGCUUAUACCAAUCAAUUCUGUACAUGCAUCCAUAAUCAUUUGCUUAUUUUUAAAUUAUACCAUCAUUUAUUUACCUUGUAUUGAGCCUUUACAGAGCAUUUUGAUAGGCACAAAUUCUCAUGUCAUCUUUAAACCUUGUAAGGUUAGAUAUGUAUUAACCUGUUUUAUACAUGAGGAAACUAAGGCUCAAAGAAAUGAAGGCAUUUGCAAAAAGAGGAAAAUUUUUGCCAGGAAUGACCCAGCACAGGUCUUCUUACACAUUAUUGGCCAAAUUUGGGUCAUAUAAUCAUCUCUAUCUGCAGGGGUGCUGAUAAAAUUAGAGUCUGGUUAAAAAAAAAAAAAAAAGCAUUUCCAUGGCUGGUUUACAUAAGUCAUGAUUUAUCUCCUGGGGUUGGACACACAAAAAAAUUGAUAUUUUGUUAGCAAGGAAGAAUGUGGAGAAGGAAUGGCUGUUGGCUCAAUAGGCAACUUGAUCUUAUAUUCAACAAUGUUGGUGAACUUUCUUAUUCUAAGAGUUUGUAGGGGUUCUGUUUAAAUGAUGGUAUUAUCUACAAUUAAUGAUGCUGAUUCCUUUCUAAUCCUUGUAUAAAAUCCCUCCUUUCUUUUUUCUUUUUGCCAGGCCUUGGCCUGGAUCACCAAUACUAUGUUGAACAGUACCAUCAGUAAUAGGAGACAUUCGUUGUCUUAUUCCCAAAAGAAAAUACAUCUUAUUUUUUCAUUAUUCAAUGAUACCAUUUAAAGCCACUGACGCAACAUAUUUCCCUUGCUAAUCUCAUUGCCAUUCCCAACACUUAACUCCUACUUCAACUAUCAUUUAUAACCGCUCAUACUCAAUUAGGUUGAUAUUGCUAGUUUUUAAUCUUUUUCAUUACUAGGUGCUAAAAUAUCUAUUAAGAAAAGCAUGUUGAGACUUUGGGGGUUGGAGAACAAUGACAGUAGCCUAAUUCCAGAUCAUCCCUUCACCCUCCCAAAAAACCAUAAAUCAAGGAGAAAAAAUAAAAACGACACAAGGCUCAUGCCUUCAUUACAAGGAGAAAACCAUAACUUCAAAUUACCUAAAAGCAGAAGGAAAAAAAUUCCAAUAGGGAUCCUGCUAUCACCACAAGCUUAUGGAUAUGGAGAGCAACGAAAGGGAAAUGAAAACACUUCAUGAGAAAGGACAGAAGGGAUUAGAGGACUUAGAGGAAGCACAGUCUCCAAAAAAGAGAUAAUGAAAUAAUAAAUGCCAAAAUACUGAACGCAGAUUGGGAAGCCCUGGCUUCAGGGAAGGGGCUUGAAAAUAUAUGGGACCAGAAGUGGCAGCCUCAGAAAGGUAACAUUUCUGGGGAAGAAUGAAGAGGUGAUGAGAGGAAAAAGGAAAUUUAAGAAUCCAGCAAAAAGAAAUAAGACACUUUCCCCAACCAGAAAAAUCCUUAAACCACAAAAGAGGGAAGAAUUGAUAAAUAAGAGCAUUCAUACAGGGAAUUCUGUCCAUGAAAUGAUUUAAAAGAAAGUUGUCUGAUACAUCCAUAAAAGACUGUUGCAAAAAGUCAGAAAAUGUGAAUUCAGCAUUUCUGCUGAUGAAAAGUCUCCCCAAAAAACAACCACAAAGCUGAAGAAAACAAUACUUUUAAAAGUCUAUGAAGGAUAAAUAUAGAGAGAAUGAUGAAGCAGAUGUGGCAAAAUGUUUAAAAUUCUUGGAUCUGGAUAAAGGAUAUAUGGAGCCUAUACUAUCAUCACAACUCUUUUAUAAGUUUGAAAUUACUUCACAAAUUAAGAUUUUAAAAAAGCCUAUGAGAAAGUGAAAAGCCACCUUAAACAGGAAAAAAAAAAAAAAAAAAA